AUGUCAUCUUACACAAGCAAAGACCCGGACUCACUUUCUUUAAGAGCUGCAGUUUCCCAUGCCCGCGCACAAGCCGACAUAGAUCCAGCGUUAUACACCGGCAGUCCUCAUGUGGAUGCAGUUUUGGGGUCACCUAGUUCUCCUGGGUUACUACGCGGGACUCUUAGUGAGAUGUCCGGGACACCUGGGUCUGGACGUACUGCGGUCGCGUUAAGUUUAAGUGCGGACGCGUUAAGACGUGGUCAUAGCGUGUUAUGGAUUACAAGUGGAGGGGUUACAUUACCCGGUGCAAGAUUAGCUGAUGCAGUGGGAGUUAAUAGUGGAGCUAGUAGUAGAGUUAGUGGUGGAGCUGAUGAUGUAAAAACUUUUACAGAAUCUGCACUUACUAGAGCCCUACAUUUGCCAGUAGGGUCAUUAGCACAGUUAGCUAUGAUGUUUCGAAGUCCUCCAGAGUUUAUGCCUCCGCGUGAUUGUGCGUUAGUAAUAGUUGACGAUGUGGCAGCUCUUGUUUCUGCGACUUAUGGUGGGUUAGUUGGUCGUGGUGAUGGUUAUGGAGUAUCAUUAGCGAGUGCAGUACGGCGACGGUCUCGUGCUGUGAGUAGGUUAAUUAAAGAUGCAUCUGUUUUUGCACGGUCACAUCAUGUUGCAGUUAUGUUUAUUGGUGGGAUGGUAGCUCAACAUAGUGCGACGCGUGGUUGCUCAAUGUUAGUUCCUGCCUUGGGUGACGGUACGUGGGCACGGCUGUGGCAUGCGCGUGUUGUGUUGUAUAAGGAUGUAUUACCUGCUGUACCUCGUGGAGGUCAAGGUGAUGGUAAUGACGAAGAUGAUAAAAGUUUGUUGAUGGAGAAGCAGGAACAGUUAACAGCUGUCCACCAUAUUGCACGGGUAGUUUAUGCGGACUCCGGGGACCCUGCGGUACUGCGGCGCGGUGCUGUGGCUGUUUUUGCAGUGCGUGGUGAGUGUGGCGGGGUUGUGGGGAAUUUCAAGCCUCCUGGGGUUGUUAAUAAUAAUAAUGGAGAAGAAGAAGAAGAAGAAGAAGAAGAAGAAAAAGAAAAAGGUGGCUUGAAGGGAAUUUGUGGGUCUCAAAGUGUGAGUCCAGAACCACUUUAUAUAGUUUAG